AUGUCGAACCCACGCAUUGAAGAGCUUCCAGAUGAUGAGCCCGUCUCCAAGAACGUCACCGCCGAGGAUGACGGAUCCGAUAGCUCUGACUCCGAGGGAGAGGCUGCUGAGGCUGGCAUCCCCGCCGAGGGUCAAAUCGUCCAUUCCCGCAACGAGAAGAAGGCACGCAAGUCAAUCUUGAAGCUCGGCCUUGUCAAGGUCCCAGGCAUCACCCGUGUUACCUUGAGACGACCAAAGAACAUUCUCUUCGUUAUCAACCAACCCGAGGUCUACAAGUCUCCUUCAUCCAACACCUAUAUCGUCUUCGGUGAGGCCAAGAUUGAGGACCUGAACUCUCAAGCUCAAGCAUCUGCUGCCCAACAGCUCGCCGCCGCUGAGUCGCACGACCAUGCUGGACACGACCACUCCGGUCAUGAUCACUCCCACGACCACGGAAAGGGCAAAGCUAUCGAUACCAGUGAGGACAAGAAGGAUGAGGAUGAGGAUGAUGGAGAGGAGGUUGAUGCUACUGGACUUGAGGACAAGGAUAUUGAGUUGGUCAUGACCCAAGCUAGCGUCUCACGAAACAAGGCUGUCAAGGCAUUGAAGGAGAACGACAAUGAUAUAGUCAACUCUAUUAUGGCUCUAAGCAUAUAG